AUGGUGCUUCCUCCCAGCAACAGCUCUCGGUUGUCAGCUUUGAAAAAUGCUAGACACAGUGCAUCGAAAUCCAAACAAACUGGUAUAACCGACUUUUUGAAAAAGGGCCAGCCCAUUGUCCCUGCACAACAUCAACAUCAUCGAGCUUCACGUCCUUCCACAUCGCAGCCACUGAAGCAGCCGCCACCGUCAUCACAGCAACUUCCCCAAAGGCAAAGACAAAAGAGCCCCGCCUUAUCAGAGACGCAGAAUACAUCUACUAGCGUGCAAAGCAACAAGAUAUUGAAUGGUGUUGUCGCCUGUCUGGACGUGAGAACUGAGGAUGGUGAUGAUGUAUCGCAAAACUUUGAACGAGCAUUGCAAUCCAUGGGAGCAAAGACUCGACGAACAUUCAGUGACUCUAUCACACAUCUGAUCUUUAAGAAUGGAUCGCCAGCAACAUUGAAGAAAGCCAUGAGCAAGAAUGUAUUCAUCAUCAAUUUACUGUGGAUUUCGAGAUGCAAACGUGAAGGCAAACGACUGCCAGAGAAAGACUUUAUAAUCGAACGACCGCAGGGGCUUGUUAUUGCAGGAAAAAAGAGACGGAAGUCAAUGGAACCAGGCAAAGUGAGAGCACUCGUAUCAAGCGAUCUGGAGGCAUCGAUAUCAUCAUCCAGCGAUGGAUCAACACACGACGACUCAAAAGUAGAAACCAGGCGGCAGACAAUAGCAACGAGUAACUGGAUUGCGCGAGAUUUCAAGAAGCCAUCAGUAGGAGAAAGUUUGACCAGAAAACGGCAAAUCCAAGAAGCAGAAGCGUACGAUGAAGACGUGGAGCAGGACAUCUUACCACCUCGACUUUCACUGCCCAUCUCCGUCGAAUCCAUUGCGAGUCGACAUAUAGCUAAAAAGCAAAAGACACCAACUACGCUACCUGUUCAUGCACCCAGCCUAGAGAUGAAGGAACAGAUCAAAGCGAGAUUUUCUAUUGGACAAGCACCAACAAGUAACCCUGAUACAAAACCUAGUAGUGCGAAUGGCAGCACUACUAGCAACGGCAGCAGCGCAACUGAUAAUAAAUUAGACGAUACCCUACGACAAAUAGAUCCAUCUAAAUUAUCAAUCUCUUCACCUACACAAGUCAGUUCGACGCCCAUCAAGAGGAAGCGACGAUUGACAGGUACACUGGGCCGACCUUCCCUUUCAGGCUCAAUCGAUACACCACAGCCACCUAAAUCAGAGACAAACAAUCAGCCUCAGACGAUAGUUUUGACGAGUAUGACCCCAUCUACUCGCAAGAGGUACGAGGACAUUAUUAAGAAGCUUGGUCAUUACCAAUUGGCUACAGAAGUAACAGAAACGACGAGCCAUGUUUUAGCUGGUGCUCAGCGACGAACAAAAUCAGUGACCUUGGGUUUUUUACGAGGUGCUUGGAUUUUGAAUCCUGAGUGGCUCAUUCAGUGUGAGAUCAAGGGAGAGUAUAUACCAGAGGAUAAAUUCGAACUGUUGGAUUGGUAUCCUCGAGCUAAGGCAGCAAGAAAGCGUGAGAGAUUAAUACCAUCCACCACUCGUAUCAAAGUUCAUUCAUCAUCAAGUGGUGUUGAUUUUAUCAAGGAAUUAGUCAAAUUAGCUGGUGGAACCAUAGUAGAAAAUGAUCAAGAAGCCGAUAUCAUUAUUUGCGAUAAGACUAAAAUGUUAAAUGAUAAGAGAAUGGUGACAGACCAUUGGCUGUUUGAAUCUAUUGAGCAUUGGAAAUGUAUGCCAAUAGCGAACUAUCAUCAUGUAAAGAAAUAA